ACAUACAGGAACAGUUUUCCACCAGCAGCAUAAUCCCUCCCCGACCAACUCUGUACAUUCCGCACUUCUGGUAGCUGUGUGAAAAGGCUAUUUUCGACUAAGAACAUCAUGGGACGGUUUGGUUUUGAUUAAGGAGUCGAUUGGAAAGAGUAGAAAGAGUUUACCUACAUUUAAAUCGUCUCGUUUUUGACUUUUACUUUUCGGCACGGUCAAGAAAGUAUGGCUUCUUUCCAGCUGCUUCUUUUCUUGGGAUACUUUGCGACUGCGCGAGCUGCCAUUGACCUCGACUGUUUCAACGACUAUGAUAAAGUAUUUUGUCGCCUGGGGGUGAAACAGUGUUCACAAUAUACACUGAACGUGGAUGAUACGUAUAACAAAUACAAUUGCCCUUUGGAGAAGUGUGACAGCGAGCAGUGCUGCUGCUCUACGGUAUUUGAUCCUGUCUCUUCUGAGUUUUCUGUAAAAGUCUUCGAAGGAGUCAACGAAAGAGUCAUCAAUUCAACAACUUUCUAUGUCCUGAAGAGCCUAAAGCCUAAGACUCCAACGAAUGUGUCUGUGAAUGAAACUGAAGGGAUCUAUACAGUCUACUGGAAGACAGACAUGAACGAGGUUCUUGAUAAACCGACCGCUGAAGUGAAUAUCUACAAAAAUGGAGCCCUGUGGAAGAGUUCUGGCCAGAUCACUCCAGCUACAUCUCAUGGACUUCAGAGUUAUCAAAUAAAUGGUCAAGAUUUGGAGCCAGAUACAGUUUACAUGAUCAGUGUGAGGAGCUUCACGCGCUACAGUAAUAAAUUCAGCGACACAAGCAAAGAGUAUAAAAUUAAAACCCCUAGCGCACCAACCCCGAUUCUCCUGUGGAUCAUCAUUUCCCUUAGCGUUUUUCUAAUCAUCUUGAUAGUCUCUAUUUACAUCUGCUUUGUAAGGAUCAAGAAGAAGUGGUGGGACAGUUUCUCAGAACCAAAAAAACUUUUUGUGCCAGUCAGAAAGCCAGAGUUUUACAAACCGGAUUCUGAUCCCACCUCCCCUGUCUGGGUUAAAAGCCUCCCUUCAAGGGACGACGACCAAAUGCUGCCAAUUAAACAGAGAGAAGACGGCAGUAUAAAUGGCAACAGCAGCGGAGGCUCUUCAGAUCUUUGUUAUGGUCAGACGGAACCUCUUGAGCCAAAGGGUGAAUUUGCCGAUAAUAUAGAUAAAGCUCUAUUGGAAUGCCUAUCAAAACACUUUAUCUUAUCUGGUCCUCCUCAUCCUCCUGGUCCCCAAGAUAAAAUGGUGCCUCUUUUCACAUCAAAGAGUCCGAGUUCUGUAUCCUCUGGCAUCAUCAAUCGUAGCUAUUUUAUGUCUCUUCCCAAGUCCCUGGAUCUGACGAAGGAGGACAGUUCUACAGUAAAACUCCUAGACAACUCAAGCAAUUCCUACAAAAGCGACACUGUGGACUGUCCUGACCAACAGAUACCUGCUGGUCUGUUUUUGGCACAGAAAGAUAUUUCAUCUGACGUGCGGGUGGACAUGUCAUAUCAGAAAUGCAAAGCGGAUGCCAAGCAAACCCCUCUUUCAGAAAAUGGCAUCUUAUCCUCCACUUCCAGUGGCGCCACUACAGCCACCUCGUCUGGGUUUGAUUCCAGCUUCAAGAGAUUUGAUGAAGCGAACCCCGAUUUCUUCAAAAUGCUGUUUUUAAGCAGUCUGCCUUCAGGGACACUCCACUGCCCUGUAGUUGUAGAUGACUACAAACCAUUUCCAAACAAAGUGGAGCAGCCAGGUGUUCUGCCUUCAGGAAACCAAAGCAUUGAUCAUCAAGGUUUGAACGUGAUUCAAGGCGGGAGAGUCCUCCAGAUGCCUCAACCGUGCUUUAUUCCAGAUCUAAAAACAUGGAAUGGUCCAUGUCCUUCUGUGCUGCAGAUACCACACUUACCCUUACUGUCUUCAGACAAAUCUGCCCCAGUAAUACUAGUUGACGGCUAUAAAUGUGUGUAGUUCACCAGGCCUGGCUUAAGGCUUUGUAUGGCAAGAUGUGGAAGCUUCAGGAAACCUUUUCAACUUUAAGAACUAGUUUGUAGCAGUGACAUCGGUUAAGUUGUUUUACUGCGCACCUGUUUAUUUUCUUCUUUUUUAGCCUUUCAUGUCCUUAUUAAACAGUAUCAUCAGGGUUUCGUGUACUUUACAUGAAUGUGAAUAAAAUAAGUUUGCUGAAAACCACAAAAACAAGUUGUACAGGCUUAAACAUUUAUCUACGUAUUCUCUAAUGAGAUGAGGACUUUAUUUGUACUGUGUUGAAUUGUUUACUUUUUUCUUGUUUUUCACAAUGUAAAAUUUGUAGAUAUGUUUACAUAUGUUCUGAACUACGAGCCAGAGGCGUCUGUUUUGAACCAAAAUCUCCUUUUAUUUUUUUGCAAAUGCUUGAAGAAAGCAGAGUAAAGUAAUAUGUUUCUGUCAAAGUUAACGUGUUCUGUUUGUUCCUUAAAUAAACCUUAUAAUGUGAGUAAAA